CAAAACAUUCGCUACAGUAUUAAUCAUUUCAUAUUGAUCAUUACGUGUGAUCAAUGAAGACGUCAUGCACGGUACGUUUAGCUGUCUUGUCCAUUUGGCAAAACCUUAUUUUCUCCCACUAUGGCCAAAACAUUUAAUGACGUCAUAUGCAAGAUGGAGGUUACUUGUAGAUGUUUACAUCACGUUUGAAAAUUUGCUGUGCACUUAGUAAGAAUAUUUUGUGAAAUUAUGAAUAUGUCAGCUUUGUUUGCAUGCUCAAGAUGUUUUUCGAGGCAUCCCUUUGAAGAAUUAUCAUCAGGACAACAAUUAUGUAAGGAAUGUCGGGGAGCAUUUCCUGUUGUUAAGUGUACAUACUGCCGUUCAGAAUUUCAGCAGACCAAUAAAGGGAGUCCUAGUGCUAUCUGUAAGAAGUGCGAAACAAAUGUGAAACAAUUUGGAAAACCAACAGCGUGCGAGUAUUGCAAUAUUAUUGCCGCGUUCAUUGGUAACAAGUGUCAACGCUGCACCAACUCAGAGAAGAAGUAUGGUCUGCCAGUCACGUGCGAACAAUGCAAACAGAAGUGUGCCUUUGAUAGAAAGGAUGAAGAUAAGAAGGUUGAUGGCAAAUUGUUAUGUUGGCUGUGCACAUUGUCGUACAAACGGGCUCUUGCUAAGACAAAGCAGAGUGACGCAGAGCGACGAGCGCACAUCAAAUUAGCAGCCCAGAGAGCUGCCAAGAACAAAGAACAUGGGAAACACAAGGGCCAUAGCAAACGUCCGCACCGGGUAGAUGUGACAAAAUUAAGCCAACCCAGCGGUGAGAAGGACGGAGAAGGAGGCCCACCGACAAAAGUGUCCCGUGGAGGGUCUGGGGCAGGGAACAACAGAGGAGACCCACAUGAUCCGAACUCGUCGGAUCACGUUGUUGCCAUGACGCAGCUGAAGGAGCAGAUUGCGUCUUUGCAGAAACAGUUGAACCAGAAAGAUUCUCAGUUGUUGAGCAAGGACAAACUGAUCACAGAAUUAAAAGCUAAACACUUCACAGUUGAGAAUGAACUUCGAAACAAGAUGAAAAACAUACAAAAGGAACAUGAAAAGAAAGUGGAAAAUCUUUCUCAAAAAAUUAAAUCACUACAGAAGGAAGUGGCAACAUUGUCCAAGAGUGGAAAGAAGCAAAUGUUUGUAGCGGCACGGGAAGUGGGUGGUGGUGGCAGUGGUAGUGGUACAGACAGUCCAUCCCUAGCGUAGUAAAUAGUUUUGCACUUUAGACUUCAGUUUGUAAUGCAUUUUAAGGCGGUGCUGCAGUCAGACGUGUUUUUUGCAUUACAAAAGAAUGAUCUGAUGCAGCAUUGUUUGGCAAGAGGGUAAUCGGAUCACGCGUACGGCAAAUUUAUUUACUAGUUUUAUUUUUUAUCGUGCAAGUGAAGGGAUCUUGUCUUUAGUGAUAUGGAUUGGACAUGAUUGGUAUGAAAGAAAGUAAGAAAUAAGAAUGAAAGAUUUAUAUAAAAAAUAGUU